UUAUCGAACAAUGGCGACGACACUUGGACGCGUUAUUAUAUAUGGUGGCAAAGGUGCUUUAGGUUCCACUUGUGUUUCAAAAUUUAAAUCAGAAAAUUGGUGGGUUGGUUGCAUUGAUAUGAAACCAAAUGAACAAGCUGAUGCAAAUGUAAUUGUAAAAUCAGAGAACAACUGGGUCGAACAAGAAACUAAUAUUUUACAACAAAUUACAUGCAUUUUAAAUGGAGAUAAAGUGGAUGCAGUAAUUUGUGUGGCCGGUGGAUGGGCUGGUGGAAAUGCAGCCCACAAAGAUUUUAUUAAAAAUAGCGAACUGAUGUGGAAGCAGAGUGUAUGGAGUUCGACCAUUGCUGGUAGCAUCGCUGCGCGUCAUUUAAAAGAGGGUGGAUUUUUAUCAUUAACUGGUGCCAAGGCAGCAUUAGCAGAUACACCGGGCAUGAUUGGUUAUGGAAUGGCCAAAGCUGCAGUUCAUCAACUUACCAAAUCUUUGGCGGUCAAAGAAAGUGGUUUACCGAAAGAUUCUUUGGUCAGUGCUAUUUUACCUGUUACUUUAGAUACGCCUAUGAAUAGAAAAUGGAUGCCUAAAGCCGAUACAUCUACCUGGACUCAGCUUGAAUUUGUAGCAGACCUCUUCUGGAAAUGGUCACAAGGUAAAGAUCGUCCUGUUACCGGCAGCCUUGUGCAACUCAUUACCAAAGAUAACAAAACAGAAUUAAUCGUUGCUUAAAGAGAGGAAACUGCAUUUUUGGAAACAAGAAUUUGUGGAUGCAUUCAUGACAAUAUACAUACCUGUUGUAAAUGUUGUUUUCUACUAAUUAAAUCUUAUAUCUUGGAUAUGUUUAUGUUUCACGUUCUAUGUAUUUAAAAAAUAUUUAAUAUUGUAAUUUAUAUAAAAAUCCAGUUUUGUCUGCGUCUUCCAAUAUUUACAAUAAUACUCUAUAUACAUUUCAGUAUGACAAACCUGUAACAAUGAAAGUAUGUAA